AUGAAUUAGCAAGUAUCACAUCAAACUAAGACAUCUCAAACUUAGCAAUUUAUAGCUUCCUAACUUUCCAAGUUGCCUGAUAAAAAUAAGCUUCAGCAACUCAUUCCAGUUUAAUUGCAUGUCAAUUGUUUUGAGCGAAAAAACAAUGAAGGAAUUGAUAACAGACAAUCACCACCAUAAUAAUAAAAUUAUUGCACGAAGCCAUCAUAGAAACCUCAAUAGUCCAAUCAUAAAUCCAAUAUGUCACUUUAAAAUAAAAGCAAUUCACAUAUUGAGUCUAUUUAGGAAAAAUUAUCAGCCAUUAAUCACCCUAAUAAAAAAAGAGAUUACUCUCCAAAUUCAGAUGCCAUAAGAUAAUUACUCAAAAAUACUAAGCCAGAUUCUGAUAUGAAUCAUUUAUUAUCUAAAAAGCAAUAAUCUCAAGACUAGCAACUUAUUUUCACACCGAUUACUACUAAGCAUUCAUUUAAAUCUCAUUCUCCUUUAGAUAUCAAAGAGAGUGUAGCUUAAUUACUUUCAAAUCAUUUUAAAACAGAUGUAUCAUCCCCUAAAGGAAAUGGAAGCAAUUAAAAAUAAAAAAAUAGCCAUUUCGGUCCUUAUUUAUCCAUCUAAUAGUAGAUUUAAUAGCAAAAACUUAAAGGACAUAGUUCAACAAACUCACUCUCUUAUGGAUCUAGAAACCAUCAUCAACAAUCUCUGCAAGAAUAAAAGAGAUCUGAACCUGCCCCAAUUACUCCAACUCCGAAAAGGUUUACUACUACUUCAUAAAAUACAGAGCAUAGCAAAAGUAAAUCUGUUGUUGAAGAAUAAUUGUAAUGUAUGAAAAUAAUGUAAUUUGACAAAGAAAAUCAAUCCCAUAUCCUUAAUUUAGGAUCGCCAAGUGCUUUUAGUAAUUCUGAGCAAGCAUCAAGUAUUGGAGAUAGUAUUGGAAUGCAUUUACAAUUUGGAGUUAAAACUCUAUCUCCAUUUGCAAAGCCUCCUUAACAAUCUCAGAGAUUUUGUAUCUAUCAUAAAGAUAAGAAGGCUAAAUAUGUGACAGAGGAGGGCAAUGACUAUCUCUUUUUUUGUUCUAAAUGCGCUGUCAAAUUGGCUGGCAAAGGCAUGUUCUUUACUGAAAUCGCAUAACUAAAGCAAUCUACAAUUGAUUCUUAAACCUUUUCCUUUCAAUAGAGUUCCUUAGAUUCAACUCAAAGGUAGUCAUCUUCUAUGGACAUCUAAUUCAAAGAAAGGGAAAUGAAGGUCUUCUUAGCCUUAUUAUAUUAAAUGUAAAACAAUAGACAAGACUUACUUAAUUAGUUAUCAAGCUAAGGGAAUAAACUUCAAAAUUACUAUGACAAAUAAAUGAAGAUGUGUUAGGAAGCAAAAUAAUAGUUGUCAUUGUUUUUGGAAGAGAUAUAUCAGAGAAGUAUGAACUAAUUAUCCAAUUCAAAAUAAUAAACAUUAUCCUUUAUUACUAAACUAAUCCAAUAAUUAACUACCAACUAACUAGACAAUAAAAAGAUCUAAACAGAGAUCGAGAGCAAUUGGAAAAGAGUGUUGGAGAAUAUGGAUAUGACAGUAUUCAGAGAGGUUAUGAAUCAACAUCAUGCUAAAUUCUCUAAGUUUGGUGAGUUUCAAUAGGAGAUUCAGCACCAAUACAUUUAACUCUACUCGAUGGGGUCUAUGGAUAUUCAAGCCACCUUAUCUUUAAUUGCAUAGAAUUUUGAGGUUGUUGAAUCUGCGAUGCCCUUGAUUUCAAACAUUUAGUAAUUAAAUAUUACUCAACCCAUCAGAACCCAACCUACUCCUCCUAAAAAGAGUGAGGAAUCAAUUAGUUAAAGAAUCAAAACUGAUUUCAGCAACUAAAAGAAGAAUUCAGAUGCUAAAUCACAAAACUUCUGCUCCUACUUCAAUGACAAAACAGAGAUCAACUAAAAUGUAAAGGACACCUAGAAAAUGAUUCCCUAAUUUUAAUCUCACAGCAACAAUCUUUAUGUUUCAUUUGAAAAUAAAGAAAUAUUUAUGAAUGCCUUGGAAAUGGAAAAAAAUAAGUAAGCCAUUUGUAAUGAGGAUGACAAGGCUUCCAAAUAAUAAGCCAUCAUGAUAUUAUAAUCUUAUAAGGGAUCUCAUGCUGAUAUACUGGAGGAAUCACUCAACAUGUCUCAUGAUUCUUAAAAAUCUGCUCCUCAUAGUCCUGCUUCUGGGCAAACUAAAGAAUCUGUUUAAAGAAUAAACCCCAAUCAAGAUUAAGAAUUUAUGGCUCUUGCUAAUAAUCAAAAUGAGACUGUACCAAAGGAAGCAUUUCAAAAAUAAAAAAGUACUUUCAGAACUCUUUUCGAAAACGAGGACUCCCAAGAACCCAACAUUUAGAUCAAGAAGGAAACGACUGCAAUUUCCCCAGCUAGAAAAUUUCUAAUAGCCAAUCUAAUACUCAAUAGUAUAUUUAUUUUAUCUAUUUACAUUACCCAAUUUUAGGGCCAUUAAAAAGUAGCAGCCGAGACGCCAGAUACAAAGAGAUAGGAUUCAUAAAGUUUAAAUUAAAUUAAUUUUGAAGUUCCUGAUACCUGUGUCAGAGAGGACAUUAUGAAUUUGUAGGAUAGUGAGGAUAUCAAAGACUCAGUCCACUAAAUAAAUAUGUGUGAUGAUUAAUAACAUCUUAGCGAUUAUGAUGAUGAAAAAGAAAUACAAGAAACUAAAAUGCGUUAUGUAUAUUAAGGAGACGAAAGAAAAGAAUAAUACUAAAAGACUUUGUUUUCAUCCCCCAUGUUCAAGGAUCAUUGA